CUCCAGCAAAUAACUACUGCCUCUAUUUUCUGGUGGUAUACUCAAUUUUAAAUAUCCGUCGUACUAGCCAGGUGUCUGACGAGGUUAAAUGAACAAGCCUACUGUGUUUAGCCAUUCACGUGAAAUUUGUAAGCCAGGAAAUGAGGAGUGGAGAAAAAACGCAGACACGCACAAGAUGAGUCCGGAGGAAGUGAGGAGAUCAGGCGUGGAGGCCUCAAAGCGGCCGCCGGGACACCACCCCGGCGAGGUCCUCCACCAGCGCCGGAGCUUGCCCUUCGGCCCUAUGUACAUCAUCCUUGCCGGAUCCGCCCUCGCCGGGAGCGUAUGGUACUUCACCUUGUACGCCAAGAAGAAACCCGAGGCCACCGCUGCUGACGUGGUUAAAGUUGCCGCCGGCGUUGCUGAGCCGGAGGACACGAGGCCUCGCAACUAAAUUUAAAUGUUUUAAUUCACUUCAUGUGUGUAUCUUUUGCUUCUUUCACUGGUUUCUGUUCGUUUUAAAUUUUUAAUAUUUUUCUGAAAUCGUUUGUAAAUGAUGCGUUAUGCCUAAUACUUGAAGUGUUAUUUAUAAGUUUAAUUUAUAUAUUGUUGUGAUAA